AUGUUGUCUUCUGUCGUCCGCAGAGCUGCCAGGCCAGCCUUUAGAACAGCCACCCGAGCCUUCUCGGCUAGCUUGAGCGAUGGCGAGAACGUCGUGGUUCCUUUGAUUGCCAACUCUUUGGAAUUCACUCUUUCCAGUCCUCCACCGCUGCAUCAAUUUGAAGAGCCUCCGCUCGUGGUGGAAACGGAUCAUUUGGAUCUGUCUCCUGGAAAGGAAGUCGAAGAGGUCUUGGCAGCACAAGGACACGAAGUCACCGAUAUCGUUGGAAAGGAAAUGUGGACUUUGAAUGACCCUGCCAAGUAUGAAGGACUUAUCCCUCAAAACUUGGAGUGGACUGAGUUUGUCGAUGAAAAGACUGGAGAGUGGGUCACUUUGGAUGAAUUUGGUGACCGUGUCACUAGCUCUUAG